UUCUAUUUAUUUGAUAAAUAAUCUAAUCAUAGAUAAAAUAGUAAAAAUAAUUAUAGUAAAUAUUAAUAAGUGGGUACGAUUUUCGUUAUGAUAGGUAAUAAUUCAAUGUGUAGGUGGUAGGCGAAAAUCGAAGACAGUAUAUUUGCCUUUGUUCAUGAAUACCUGCGGUGUGUACAAAUAUGUAAUUAUUUUAUAGUAAUUAUUACUGACUAUAUACAUUCAAACGACUGAGUAAGUAUGACAUUACCAACCCAGGAAGAUGAACCAACAAAAUCAACAGUGACAAAAGAAUCGAUGUUGGUCAAACCAAAAUUAAAGGGAGAUUGGCCAAAUAUUUUUCUAUUGUUAUUGCUUUAUAUAAUGCAAGGCAUUCCCAUAGGCAUAGUCACAGUUAUUCCAAUACUUUUGCAAAGUAGACAAAAUAUAACUUACAAAGAACAGGCUUUAUUUAGCAUAGCCGGAUGGCCGUUUAGUUUAAAACUAUUAUGGGCUCCUUUGGUAGAUGCUCUCUACAUACAAAAAAUUGGAAGGCGCAAGUCAUGGCUCAUUCCGGUUCAGUUUUUAAUGGGAAUAGGCUUUUUUUAUAUGGCUAACGAUAUAAAUGACCUGUUGCCCGAAAAGGGAAAACCAAGUCUGCUUAAACUAGUAAUUGUGUUUUUCAUAACUACUUUCAUGGCGGCUACCCAAGAUAUAGCAGUUGAUGGUUGGGCAUUGACUUUGCUACGAAAAAACAAUGUAGGCUAUGCAUCUACAUGCGCUGCAAUGGGUCAAAUAAUAGGUACGAUGAUAAGUGCUGUGUCUUUCAUUCUGUUUACUUCAGAAGACUUUAGCAAUAAAUACUUAAGGAUUACGCCUAAUGUUGGAGGAAUAGUGACAGUGCAAAGUUUAUUUUUUGUUUGGGGCACUUUCUUUAUUGCAAUAACAACUUUAAUUGCCAUUUUUAAAAAUGAAAAAGAUAAUAGAUUAGAGGAUAAUCACGUAAAGCUUAAUACAUUUCAAAACUAUAUGCUCUUGUGGGACAUUUUAAACUUACCUAGUGUUAAAAUAUUGGCAAUAGCAUUAUUGACGGCAAUGAUUGGAUUUGCGUCAACUGACAGUGUGGUAACCUUGAAACUCAUAGAUGCUGGUAUACCAAAAGACAGCAUUAUGAUUAUACAGACAGGAAUGUAUGUUAUAAAAAUUAUUACACCAAUGAUUGCAGUAAAAUACACAUCAGGUCCAAAGCCAAUUAGCUUAUACCUAAACGUGACACCCAUCAGAUUACUUUGCAACACUUUAUUUGGUUUACUAAUUUAUUAUACACCAGAGAUAAUAAAAAAUAAUGGUAUCAUAGAUAUUCCAAUGUAUUACUAUGCGAUUUUAUUAAUUGUACAAUUAAUACAUGAUAUCCAAUUGAACAUUAUGACAGUAGCUUUGAUAGCUUUUUAUUAUCGGAUAAGCGAUGCCCGUUUUGGUGGUACUUACAUGACAUUGUUGACCACUCUUUCAAAUCUUGGAACUCUAUGGGCAAAAUCUGCUGCAAUUGGAUUGGUUGAUGUAUUAACAUUCAAGGAAUGCUCAUUUGAUUCAAAGAACAAUUGUUCUACUUCAAAUCUUCAAAAUAUGUGUAAAUUGAAAGGAGGUGAUUGUAUCGUAAUAGUAAAUGGCUAUUAUGUAGAAUCUGUUGUUUUUACCAUUUUUGGAAUCAUCUGGUAUUUUAUUUUUAAAAAUAUUCUCAAACACUUACAAAGUAAGAGUCCUUCUCAUUGGCUUGUUAAUUCAAAAAUUCAGGAAUCAGAGAAUGAUAAGAACGCUUACGUUAUGAAUGUAAAAACGUAAUUUUUUAACUUCUUAAAUGCUAAUUUGUAUGGUUAAUAUAAGUAUUUUAAAAAAAUUGAUUUUUAUAUGACCGAAGAACAUAUAAAGCAGUACAUAUUUUGUAAAAUUUGUUGUUAUUUAUUUUUAGGUUUGUAAAUCAAAGUUUAAAAUAUUUUUUUUAGUU